UAGUUGCAUGAAUGUGAGGAAAACAGAGCUGAAAAUGCUUCCUGGGGCAAAUUCGGUUGCUUUUGUGAUCCGGAUCUUGACCCUGGCGGAUAAGCUCAAGCUGGGCUGACUUUAGCUCUGACUCUCACAGAUAAGUAGAUAGGUUUUGGAAAUAAAAUUGCCGUGAUGACGGCAAACGUUUGGGUGUGAUCGCAAAAUCGAAAUACACUCAUGGACGAUCUGCAUCCUAAUGGGAUGCCGCCGCAAACGGGGGGGAAAGAUCCCUGCAACGUAAGCGGGCAGCAGGCGGAGGUCCGCCCUCGGAGGAGAGUAGCAGCGGUGAGCACUCCCGCUCUGUCCGCCUCACGCCUUACCCUACCCGGGGUCAUGGACGCAGAGGGGAGGGUCGACGAGUCAAGACUGAGGAUGCACAUCUUCAAGAACGGUGGUGUGUCUCCAUCGGAGCGAGGCCUGGCGUGGCGUUUCCUGUUCGGCAUGUACCCAUGCAGCUCCACCGCACUGGAGCGGUCUUUGCUACAGGAGCAAUUGUUGAUGCGGUACCGGGUCAUGAAAAGGAAGUGGCAGCAGUUUCUCCCCUCAGCAGUGCGGAUACAUCUCAACGGUACUGAUGCUGAGUUAUUCGCAGCUGUGCGGUACUUUGAUCAGAGGAAGGAACAAACCCAUCAGCAGGCCCAGGAUCAGUCUGAGGAGGUGAAGGACAGACUUGCCUUCUUGGAGCUUCAAUCUCAAAUACUGUUUGAGCGUGUCUCGUUUGACCUGGAGGAGCUGCGGGAAGCCAUUCGAAUCAUUGACAAGGAUGUGCCCCGCACAAACAGAGACCUGAGCUACUACCAAGAGGAAGGUUUAGGCAAUCUGUUGGUGCUGAGAGAUAUCCUCAUCACGUAUGCUGCGUUUCAUCCAGAGGUUAGCUAUGCCCAGGGAAUGAAUGACCUGUGCAGCCGGUUCCUGGAGGUCCUCGACUCUGAGGUGGACGCCUUCUGGAGUUUUUCCUGCUACAUGGAAAAAUUCUCCAGGGAUUUCAUGGCCGACGGCCUGCACAGAAAAAUAGAGCUGGAGGCAGCCUUGUUGAAGGAACUGGACCCUCUACUUUAUGGUCAUCUAGUCAAAGACAACAUGGAGAGCUUUACAUUCUGCCACAGGUGGCUGCUGUUGGGUUUUCAAAGGGAGUUUGAACACAGUGAUGCACAGCGUUUGUUUGAAAUCCUUAGCUGUGACCAUCUGGAGCUAAUCUCACAGCAGGUUGACCGUGCUCGAUAUCAGGAGAGACUGGGCCAAAAACACAGCACAGAGGACAGUUUGGAGUCACCGCAACAAACCUUCAACACAGACUUCACCUUUGAGCUCUUCAUCUGCGCAGCCAUCCUACUGGAUAACAGGGACUCUCUGCUCCGGUGCCGAGAUGACGUGCAGCUAAUCCAGUUUACCAGCAGUCUUCAGGGAAAACUGGACCUGAACAGCACCCUGAAGAAAGCAGAGAGCCAUUUCUACAACUACUGCAAGCGCUGUGUGUGGGAUUAUAUGAAUGGGUUCUGCCCAGCAAACAGUAGCAAACAUGAAGACUUCUUUUAUCAACUCCGUAGUUUGUUUGUCCUGAAGUGAUAACUUUCUCAUUUGCUAUCAAAUUAUAAUUUUCUUCCAACUGAUAUUUUCUUAUGGGCACACGUUUUAUUUACUUCUGUUCUAAAGGAAACCUUUGUUUACAGCUGCUUAAUGUACUUUAUUUAUUAAAGGUUAUCUUACAACU